CACAGACAGAAGUGAGGUUACUGUCAGGCGUCAGCGGACGACGAUAAUUAGGAUUAAAUUCCUAUUGAUGUGUUGGGAAAUCCAGCAAUCAUGCACAUUCCGGUUUUAUAGCACUAAGCAGUUGGAAUUUCCGGCUUACAGUUAGCAUUAGUCCCAAUGCAGCCCGCACACACUGAAAAUUCAAAAAUUUUAAAAAUCGGAUUCACAUUCCCGUUAUUCAUGAAGGAAAAUCAAGCCAUCUGAAACUUUCUCCGUCAAGCAUUUUGAUUUCGUAAUCAAACAAACUUCAGUUCCCAAGCAAAAACAAAUUUAGUUGGACGAGAGAGCUUAUCAUUUGAACCUGCUAUUCAAGUUAUUUUCCGAUAGUUUUCAAAGUAAGUACGAUAAGCUCGGACCAGAUAUGGGAUUUUCUUAUCAGUUAUCAGAACCUGAGUCAUUCCAUUGAAUUAAAUUUUAUACUCUGUAAAUAAACAUAAAAUACUGUCCUUUGAUUCUCAACAUUUCUCUCAUGAAGUCUGUUUUAUUUAUAGUCAAUUUGAAAGUGAAUGUCAUGUGACAUUGACCUCUCCUACUCAAAAAAAAAGCUUAGAGAUACACCUGUGAUCUUUUCUUAUAUAAUCAGUGACUUAAAUUUAAAUCCUUAUAUCAGUUCAUCGCAUGAACCCAAUCAUGAAGGAUCUGUAGUCCAUUUUUUUGAUCAUCGAUAAACAGUUUUUGAAGUGAUACUAGCAGAAGUGAAAUGUCUGAUAAUAAAAGGCUAAUUGGAGCAAUUUCUGCUGGAACACAGUCUGUUAAAUUCAGUGUGUUCAGAAGCCAAGAAACCAGAGUAAUAGCAGAGCAUGAAGUGAGGAUAUCCUCUUAUUCCCCUCAAGAAGGAUGGAUGGAACAAGAUCCUAUAGAAAUAAUAUGUGCCGUGAGGACCUGUUUGGAAAAAGUUAGCGAACAACUAGGAUCCCAGACUAAAAGAAUUGUAACAAUCGGAAUAACAAAUCAGAGAGAGACGACCAUCCUCUGGGACAAAAUUAGCGGCUCUCCGUUCUACAACGCAAUAGUUUGGAAUGACAUACGUACCGAUUCGACCGUAGACAUAAUAUUAUCCAAAGUACCUGAGGGCAAUCCCCAUCAUUUCAAACAGGUAUGCGGCCUUCCCAUCUCACCUUACUUCAGCGCCUUCAAAGUCAAAUGGCUGCUGCAUUACAGCAAAGACAUCAAACAGGCCGUCCGACAGGGGAGAUGUCUAUUCGGUACGGUCGAUACCUGGAUCGUUUGGAACUUAACCGGCGGUACAAACGACGGCAUUCACGUAACCGACGUUACCAACGCCUCCAGAACGUUCCUGAUGAACAUCAAUACCCUGAAUUGGGAUUCGAGCCUUCUGCACAUGUUCAAGAUAAACGACAGCAUGCUGCCCGAGAUCAAGAGCAGCGCAGAAGUGUACGGCUGCAUCCACCACAGUUUCCCGCUGAGGGGCGUUCCCAUAUCCGGUAUCGUUGGCAACCAGCAGGCCGCCCUCAUCGGCCACAAUUGCCUGCAGGAGGGACAGGCCAAGAACACCUACAGGAGCGGCUGUUUCCUUCUGUACAACACCGGACAGUCCAAGGUGUUUUCCACUCACGGUCUGGUCACCACGGUGGCUUACAAGUUCGGCAAGCAACCCGCCGUGUACGCCUUGGAAGGCAGCGUGGCAGUGGCCGGAGCCGCCAUCAAGUGGCUCAAGAACAACAUGGGUUUCAUACAGUCCGUUCAAGAGACCGAAACCCUGGCCAAGGAGGUGUUCAACACCGGCGACGUGUACUUCGUACCCGCCUUCAAAGGGUUGUACGCCCCCUAUUGGAGGAAGGAAGCCAGAGGGAUCAUCUGCGGACUGACCGCCUUCUCCACCAAGCACCACAUAGUCAGGGCGGCCUUGGAAGCGGUCUGUUUCCAGACCAGGGACAUCUUGGAGGCCAUGCACAAGGACUGCGGCAUACCCCUGAACAAGCUGAUGGCGGACGGUAAACUGACCCAGAACACCCUGUUGAUGCAGCUCCAGGCCGACAUCGGAGGUACGCCUGUUUUCAGGUCUCAGAAGGAAGACAUGGCCCCGUUGGGAGCGGCCAUCGCGGCGUCCCAGGCCGAGGGGAUCGACGCUUGGGAUCUGAACCAGGAGGGGAGGGAGAUCGUGCCCAGCGACACCUUCCUGCCCACCACCACGGAGGACGAGAGGGACGCCAGGUACACGAAGUGGAAGAUGGCGGUGCAAAGAUCCCUGGGUUGGGCCACGACCAAGAGGAAGACCAUGACCGAGGAACGGUACAGGUUGCUGGCCAGCAUCCCCGGCGGGCUUUUUUUGAUCGGUUCAUUUGCGCUUCUGCUGCUAUCCGAAAUCACUUCAAAACCACAAGCGUGAAAAUUUUUUUUGGAUUCGAUUCAAAUUGCCGACUACUGAAACUUCUCUCGAUGAACUGUUUGAUAUUGAUUUCUUUUUGAAACGAGACUUUUUUUACAUUCGAUGUACUUAUUAUUAUUAUUAUUGUGAAAGUAAGUUGGUUAAAGUUAUGUAUUUAUACAAGGUAUUUUAAUAAUCGACUGUAGAAUUUAUUUGUUUUUGUGUUUAUUAGUUUUAUACAAGUAUUUGUUGCAAUAUACUCUACAGGGUUAUUUUUAUCUUAUACUCUCCUAUUGUUAUAUUUUUGUUUGUGGAUUAAAUAUUCCAUUUCGAUUGUGAAAAGUUGUUUUAUAUUUUUUUAAUCGAUGAAAUAUAAAACUUGUUAUUA